CAAGAGAUGUUCAUGUCAACUGAUUGUGUGUGUAAAAAUUUUCGUAAAUGAAUACGUGACUAAAAAUGUACAUAUACGAAUUACCUUUUGAGAUUAAUAAGGAAUUGUGCAGAUUGUUAGACAAUGACGAUGACUGGAAGGAGCUGGCUGGGGUACAUAUGAAAUAUUCGGCAUUUGAUGUAAACGAAAUAGAGCAAGUAGCAAACAGACAAGUGUCGUCACCGACGAACCAACUGUUCACAAGAUGGGGUCAGUUGAAUCACAGAGUGGAAGAAUUAUUUAUUUUAUUAUACCGCAUGAAGCACAUACCAGCAUUGAGAUGUCUAGUUCCCAUCGUAGACAGCAGGUUUCACCGUUUGUUGCAGAAACAGGACAGUAAAUGUUUGAAAGAAAAACAUCAUCUACAAAAAACACUGAAAGUUGAAGGCAGUGACACAUCAUUACCAUUACCUGUAAUGCUCAUUGAAAAGAAUUACUCUCUAUUACGUAAGGAACUUGCAACAUUUAUUUAUUUCUUAUCGGGUUUCAUAUAUUUUUUACAGAAUUCGUCUUCAACACUAGGAAGUAAGCCCGAUGCUUUGGACGACGAAUUCCUAAGAUCCGUAUCAGCGAUUCCAAUGUUAAAGUAUGAAGAUCUCAGAGAAGCCACUAACAAUUGGAGUGACAGUAAUUUAUUGGGUAAAGGUGGUUUUGGGAAGGUUUAUAAAGGAGAGUGGAAACUUCUACCAGUUGCUGUGAAGAAAUUACUCGAUAACGACGGAAAAAAUAAAGAAUUAAUUAGAGAGAUGUGCCUCAACCAGUACCGACACGACAAUAUACUACCUCUGUAUGGAUAUAGUCUAGGAGGUCCUGAAGCAUGCCUGGUAUAUCAAUUAAUGGCGGGAGGGUCACUGGAACAGAGGUUAAGAUGUAAAUCGUAUCAUCCACCUUUGACUUGGUCGCAACGUUACAGGAUAGCGCAUGGUGUUGCCAGAGGUCUACAAUACCUCCACACCAUGGCGGGGACGCUAUUGAUACAUGGUGAUAUAAAACCCGCUAAUAUUUUGUUAGAUCAAUGUACUAUGCCUAAAAUUGGCGACUUCGGUCUCGCGAGAAAAGGUCCUUAUGGAGAGGAUAGGACACAUUUGAAAGUUUCUCGAGUCCAUGGUACUAGACCAUAUUUACCAGAUGAGUACCUCAGAACACGAUGCCUCUCUCCCGCUGUUGAUGUGUUUAGCUAUGGGAUAGUUAUGGUGGAAAUGGCGACCGCCUUACCCGUCAUAGAUAAGGGCAGACCAGUUCUGUUAUUGAGUGAUUUUAUUCAUCAAUUAGCUAGAGAAGGUGUGGACUUUGCUACUGAAGAAGACAAAAAUAUCCGCGGAUCACAGAAUUCAAACCCCCAAUUGUGUAGAGAAUUCGUUUCUAUCGGUCUGCAUUGUACGAAGUAUUUGAGACAAGAAAGACCGACUAUGCUCGAAGUCUACAAAAGAUUGGACGCUAUGGAUUUUCCAGGAAAACAAUUUACUUGAAAUAAUAUUUUUAAUAACAUAGGAGUCGUCCAUUAAUCA